AUGGAAUUGAGGAGAAUGUCAGACAUGACAAAGCUCCAUCAAGCUGUGGCUGCAGGGGACCUCAUUCUAGUGAAAAAGAUUUUGAAGAAAGGUCUCUGUGACCCAAACUACAAGGAUGUGGACUGGAAUGACCGAACCCCACUUCACUGGGCUGCAAUCAAAGGGCACAUGGAGGUGAUGAAGCUCCUCAUACAGUAUGGAGCCAGACCCUGCCUGGUAACUGACGUGGGCUGGACCCCAGCUCAUUUUGCAGCCGAGUCAGGCCAUCUGAAUGUGCUCAAAAUGCUCCAUGCAUUGCAUGCCGCCAUCGAUGCCUCCGACUUCUUUGGAGACACGCCGAAGAGGAUCGCACAGAUCUAUGGACAGAAAGCCUGUGUCGCAUUCCUGGAGAAGGCCGAGCCUGAGUGCCAGGACCACCGCCUCACCGCCAGGCAGAAGGGGCUGCCGCUGGAUCAGCGGGACCCAGACUGGGAUGCCAAGAAAAGGGAGAUGGAGCUAUCUCUUCCUUCCUCGAAUCAAAACACUAAAAAGAAAAAGCAUAAGAAAAGUCGAGGCCCCACCAAGCUCAGCAAUACCAAGGAGAGGAAAGUGUGA